AUGAAGAUUAUUGUUGCCACUUUGUUUGUUGCUUUACUAGCAGUUGCAGUCUCUGCAGAUUUUGUUACCAUUACUCCAUAUACCAAUAAUGGUUGUUCAGGUACACCAUACGGAGUUGGUUAUUCAUUACCAAUUGGAACAUGUUUUAAUAUGUAUGAUCAGUUGAUGUUUAUCGAACAAGAUAGUAGCAAUAGCAACAAGCUUCACUUUACCUUUUACUAUAACAACUGCUCAUCUACACCAAUCGACUAUCAAGUGUUUGUAGUUGAUCAAUGUGCCACCUUUGGAUUCCCAACAUUGAGCCUCGAGUUUAACUCUUCCAUGUCUCUUACUGCUUCGAUGCCAGAGGAUUCAGUGCAAUACGUACAAUACUACUACAGCAACUAUUGCUCUGGUCCAACCCUCGCCGUCUUUAUGACCAACGGAUACCAAGACACAGACUCCAAGUACACCUGUGUCAACGGUAAGCCAGAGGUCUAUGUUUGUGGUGGUGACGAUAACUGUUUCCCUGUCAACAUUGAAGGUUGUCAUAUCCCAGGUGGUGUACUCUACCCUUGGAGAGUUAUCUGUUAA